CACAGCAUGCACUCAGUUGCUGUGUUCUACACUCACCCUGCGACUACUGUUUCAACCGUCCCAGGCAGUUUGUGGUUUAGCAGCAUGACCAGUAACGGCAUCAGGGAAAGCGUCGUCAGCACAACAUGUGUUUCUUACCGCAUGCGAACAUUUCAGCUGUCUGUUGACAUGCGGUUGAGAAGCCAUUUCGGGCAUCUCUGUCGGUCGUCAUGCAACGUAAUAACCUCACCCUGUCGAGCCGUCAACACUUUUGACUAGCUUUUCUUUUGCCGAGCCGAGUCAAACACUGGCCCCGGCACUGCACGCUGAUCCCUCGCAGAAUUCACUUGGGUCAGGAUGAGUGAACCGGCUCUGAAAGGAAAGAAUUCGGGCUUUGGUGUCGCGAAGGGACAUUCAGUCGGCACUCUCCCAGCCAUAAAAAGCCCUUGUGUGUGCUGCUGCGCUGAGGCGUCACAAUCACAUACUGUCUCUAUACAAGUUAUCGAUUCGGGAGCAUUACUGAACCAGGCUUCUUUUACCCGCAUCUCGCCAUGACUGUUGACAAGACUGUGCUCAUCUCGGCCGACGAUGAGUGGUCUCCGCUGAAGUCCGUCCUCGUUGGGUGAGCCGAACACUCGGCCUUUCCAGCCGAGCCACCUCAUGUCAUUUCGUCCAUCAUGCCAGAGGGCCAUUGGGACGAGUUCAAACUCCACAAUCACUUCCCGGCGCAUGUCGUCGAAAAUGCCCAGAAGGAACUUGACAACUUUGCGUCCGUCCUGGAGCAGCAUGGCGUCCGUGUGUAUCGCCCCAAGGAAGUCGACUGGGUCAAAGCUGGCGGUUACACUGGCUCCAUGUCUCGAGAUGCUUUGACGACCGUGGGCAACACCCUCAUAGAGUCCGCCUUUGCCUUUGGGUGCCGUCGCCACGAAAUCGAUCUUGGCUACUCGGAAAUAUUGGCCGACUUCACCGCGGCGGGAUCGUCAACGAUUGUCCGGGCGUACCGCGAUUAA